CGAGCGGUGGGAGGGAGGGAACCCUCGGGGGCGGCGGUGGUCCUCCCCUCCCGCCGCUCCGCUAUAAGACGCCCGGUCCCCUGAAGCCGGCCCACUCCAGCAGGAUGCACUCCCCAUGCUACCGCCCUGCCGGACCACAGACACUCAAGAUGUGGUGCGUUAGGAUCUGCAUCUUCUACUCCAGCAUGUGUCUCGCUAGCUGGCCGCUCACGUCAGAGGCUGCCAAGCUCCGCUGCGGCUCCGACCUCCUCAGCGACCUCAUAUUUGUGUGCGGGGAACGUGGAGUCUAUUUAGGUAAAGGUUCUUGGUCUGGUUAUGGCUCUCGUCCCAGAGGGAAGGGGAUAGUGGACCAGUGUUGCCGAUCGGCUGGUUGUGAACUACAGCAUCUUGAGAUGUACUGCGCCAAACCAAAGGGCCAAAACCCCCCCACAACUUCCCCAGCCACAACCACGGCAUCAAACACCACUACGCAGCAAGACAUGUUCCAAGCAGUAUUUCAGAAGAGACUUUUAGAGCACCUGGGGGCACCCAACAGUCCAAAGAGGGAAGCUUACAGAAAGAAAACGCAACCUUCGCAUCAACAACAAAGCAAAGUCGGACUUUCAUCAUUGUCACGCAGGAGGUUAAAAGCAAACGAGACAACCAGCGGGCCUCCUACAACCUCAACCACAACCACGACCUCUCUCAAAGAGUCAUAUAUGAAUAGCUGAACAUUUAUUUAGUUCCUGGAUUUGAUCUGAAAGACUGAGACCCGUCAAGAGAAAAUAUCUUGAUUAAUAAGGUCAGAAAUGACUCAGAUUGUCAACAGGUUUGGAGAGAAACAACUGAUACCAGGUGUCUGUUGUUAGCCGUUGUUAUGCUAACUGUUGGAGCUCAAUGGGAUCUCUGGUUUGACUUUGUAUGCAUUGUAUGUACAUUUAACAAUUUGUUCCUCAUUCACAUGUUUUUAAUGUGGCUGUAGCCAGGUUGACCACUGUACUUACCAUCGUAGUUUUAAGCCUAUGCUGGUUGUUGGCUUGUGGGUAAUGGUUGCUCAAGGUCACUAAACACAAUUUCUAAGACGCUCAAACCACUGUUGUAAAUAUUCCAGAUACGUUUUAUUUCUGCUUCCCACUCUCAACGUAUAUAUUUAAAGUUUUCGACACACCUUGAAAGUCGUUGCAUUGUAAAGUCUGUUCAUAUGUUUUGUUUUUUUUAAAUAUCGCACUUUUGACCGAACGACACCACGUAGCUUUACAGUACGUUUUUGAUGCAGACAGAUGGAUUAUGUUUGUUUGUUGUUUCACAUUUUCUGUAUGAACAUGUUUUAUGUACAAAAAUAUACAUAUAUGCACAAAUGCAUUCCUUAUUUAUUUUGUUAGAACGUAAUGAAGCUAUGAGAGUUAUUAAAACUUUAUUAUUGUU